GCCAAAAGACCAAGACGCCAACAGCCACGCCUCUUACAUCAAAGAACCAGAAUAUCAAAACACCAUCAAAAUCACCUGCACAGACAAAGGCGACGAAUGCAAAGAACGGAAAGGCUCCAGUCAAAGCAACAAUUGAGGCUCAGACUGUCUCUAAAUCUCCAAAGGCCAGACGUGUUAGAGUACCGAAAGCUAGAGCUGCCGCUCUUGCCUCGGCACCUGGACUCGAUUCUCCGGCUAGGAAUACCAGAAGAUCAGCAAAAGCCAACCACUCGUAGAAGGGCCAGAGUCUACGAGUGGUAGUCAACUUCUGGAUAUUAGUUUGAGUCACCAUAGCGGCGACAUGGUUGAAAACACGGAUGAUAAGUCGGAAGGGGGAGACAGAACUUCUAGGACCAAUGAUGAUGAUGAGGACGUUUACGAAUCCAUCACCUGCGCAUCCCAGUCAAAUUCUAACUCUGAUUUUGAAACGCAUUCGAAUACGCUACAAUCAUUUGACAAUAUGGAACUACCUAUCCAAGGACAGACAGAUGCCCUUAGUGUCAAUAUUGACGAGAGUGACUCCUCGGCAUUAUCUGAACUAAGCAUGACCGAUCAUCCUUUUCUAGCCUUGGAUAGCAGCGAAUUUGAUACGAUUGAAGUUGAUAUUCCUAGUUUUCUGAGAUCCGGCAAAAAACGAAGGCCGCCUGCACAUUCGCCUUAUUUUACACCACUAGCUCCCACUCCUUUCAAAUCGAGGAAAUCAAUAUCAUUGCAAGUAGAAGCUUCUAUCAACAAUGCAUCUCCAAAGAAGGAAUCCCCUAAAAAGCGUCCCGUUGGCAUAAUUUCAUGCAUCCCUUUUCCACCCCUAUCCGCACCUCAUUUUGGGCUCAUUCAAGAAAAGCUGGCCCAUGAUCCAUUUCGCCUUCUCAUAGCCGUCACAUUUCUCAACCGCACUCACGGUAAACAUGCCAUACCAGUGUUCUAUACUCUAAUGGAACAAUAUCCUACCCCGCAAUCACUCGUUGAUGCCCCAAAAGAGGACAUUGUUUCAGUGAUUCGGCAUCUCGGUUUACAAAACCAACGUGCGGCAACUUACCAAACUUACGCUAAAACAUUCUGCGAAAAUCCGCCCGUUAAAUUUAAACGCUACGCAGUCCACGAUUACCCCACCAAAGGUCUAGGUCGUGACGUCAAGAAAAGUGAAGUCCUCCCCGAGGAAUCCGAAGACCCGCGUACAGCGUGGGAGAUUGGACAUAUGACUCAAGGGCCCUAUGCACUAGAUAGUUGGCGCAUCUUUUGUCGCGACAUCCUAUUAGGCAAAGCAGAAGGAUGGAAUGGCGAGGGUAAUCAUGAAGAAGGGUUUCAACCGGAAUGGAUGAGAGUUGUUCCAGAAGAUAAAGAGCUAAGGGCGUUCUUGAGGUGGAUGUGGUUGAAGGAGGGUUUUGAGUGGGAUCCGUUUACGGGAGAGAAAGAGGUUGCCGGGGAUGAAUUGAUGAGAGCCGCGAUUGAGGGGAGGAUAGCUUGGGAUGAUGGAGGUGGGAUGAGGAUUUUAGGCGCCGAUGCGGUGGGGGAGGGAAUGCUGUGAAAGUGAGUUAAUGUUGUGAUUUUAGAUGUGGUUGUUUAUCAUUGUCCUGGAUAUAGAGUUGAUGUUGAUUCUUCAAGGGCUUUCUGUCUAAGACUAAGUUGUAUAUACCUCUGUAGAUUCUGGUUCAAUUUUUCUUCAGCCUCUCCUCUAUAUUCUGAUAGGCACGGCACAUAGAGCUAGUUUGGGAUACGCCAAUAUUCAUACAAGAAUAUAAAUGUACAUUUUCAUCUAAAUUUAUCUUCUGUCCCUAUCUUCAUUACUCUGACAUAGAUAUCUCACUAGGUGAGAUUACAUAUAGUUUAUAGUUUAUGUUUCCGGAGUAUGCAUAUAUAUGUAAGAUUAUAUUAAGAUUAUAAAAACAUUCUAGUGGAUUUCUAUAUUUUUGAUGUCCUAAUGACCUGAUCGCUUAUCUAAGGGACAAAGGAGAGAUAUAUACAAGGCUAAUCUAAUUGAUUUGCUUUAGUGUUGCUUGGUGUGCAAAUAUCAUGGUAUUUGCUGGAUUAGUUGGAUUGGUUGGUAUGUUCUGAAGGAGGUAGGAGGUGAGAAGGCAUGGAAACCUG